CCAGGUCUCAAGGACUCCGUAUCCCAGCAUGCCGAGGAGCCGGAAGGCAAGCGCUCCGAGGGCGUACUGCCGCGGCCGCCGGCGGGGGCGCGCAGGCGCGGCGCCCCUGUUUGUCGGCCCCGGAGAGGGGAGGAGGUACCGUCAAGUCUAAACCCUAGCCCAGCCGGAGCUAAACGGACUUGACUGGGGCCGGAACAAGGCUCCAGUCCUCGCAGAUCGCAGAGUCUCAGAGUGGAUGGAGGAAGCCCAGCCUAGAGAUCAACGCUAGCCUGGCCGCUGGGCCGACGGAACCGGCAGGCAGGCGUGCCCAAGCCACCCAGGGCCUAACGUCAGGUCCCCGGCAAGAAGGCUUUCUCUUCGCUUUGGAACUACAGCCGGAUCAGACCGGAACCAGAGCCUUCCCACGGAACAGAAGCCAGUGAAGUAGCCGGGCCUGGGCCUCCCGUCGGGGCUGAUCUGGGACGAGGCCCCGGGGAGGCCCCUAGGCCACCUUCCUCAUCUUCCCUUAAGCCAACGUCCACCAGGAAGAUGCAACGCGCCCUACCCGGUGCCCGCCAGCAUCUGGGGGCCAUCCUGGCCAGCGCCAGCGUGGUGGUGAAGGCACUGUGCGCCGUGGUACUAUUUCUCUAUCUGCUUUCCUUCGCCGUGGACACUGGCUGCCUGGCCGUCACCCCAGGCUACCUUUUUCCACCCAACUUCUGGAUCUGGACCCUGGCCACCCAUGGGCUCAUGGAACAGCACGUGUGGGACGUGGCCAUUAGCCUGGCCACAGUGGUUGUGGCCGGGCGAUUACUGGAGCCCCUCUGGGGAGCCUUGGAGCUGCUCAUCUUCUUCUCGGUGGUGAAUGUGUCAGUGGGGCUUCUGGGGGCCUUCGCCUACCUCCUCACCUACAUGGCUUCCUUCAACUUGGUCUACCUGUUCACUAUUCGUAUCCACGGCGCCCUGGGCUUCCUAGGUGGUGUCCUGGUAGCCCUCAAGCAAACUAUGGGAGACUGUGUGGUUCUGCGAGUGCCCCAGGUCCGCGUCAGCGUAGUUCCCAUGCUAUUGCUGGCGUUGCUGCUACUGCUCCGGUUGGCCACGCUGCUCCAGAGCCCAGCCCUGGCUUCCUACGGCUUUGGGCUGCUAUCAAGUUGGGUGUAUCUUCGCUUCUAUCAGCGCCAUAGCCGGGGCCGAGGGGAUAUGGCUGACCAUUUUGCUUUUGCCACCUUCUUCCCUGAGAUCGUGCAACCGGUAGUGGGGCUGCUAGCGAACUUGGUGCAUGGCCUCCUGGUGAAAGUAAAGAUAUGCCAGAAGACAGUGAAGCGCUACGAUGUGGGAGCACCAUCGUCCAUCACUAUCAGCCUCCCGGGCACAGACCCUCAAGAUGCGGAGCGCAGAAGGCAACUGGCCCUAAAGGCUCUCAAUGAGCGGCUGAAGAGAGUGGAGGAUCAGUCAGCCUGGCCCAGCAUGGAUGAUGACGAAGAGGAAGCUGGGGCAAAAACGGACAGUCCUCUGCCCUUGGAAGACGCUCACACGCCCCCAGGGAAGGGGCCCAUCCCAGAAUCCAGUCUCAUCACCUUGGAGGCAGCUCCCCUACUCUAGACCACUCUGAGUGCAGUUCUACUCCCAUGCCUUCCCUGAUCCGAUCCGUCUCAGCUACUGCAGAGCACUGACUGCUCUGAGGAGAGGGAAGAGGGUCUUCUGGGGGUUCCUGUGGCCUUCUGCUGGGUCUUGACAACACUAACACAGGGCCCUUGUUGCUACCUGGUUCCGACUCCAGAGAAUGGGGCCUCUGACAUCAGCCAGUCCAGACCCCUAUUUGCAGUAAGAUUGUAUCUCAGCAGGUACAAUUCCUCACCAAGGAAGUGGUUGCAGGGACACUGGUGCCACGGCUCCUGGGCCAGCCCUUACGUCUGAAACUGGUUGCCAACAGCCCUGAGCCAAGGCAAGGAUUUGUGUUUGCCAAAAAUGUUCUGGGGACCCAGCCAGUGUGGGUCUGCACAUCCCUGCCCACCCCCAGACUGCAUUCAUAUUAGGGUUUCUUGUACCCUUCUGCUGUGGCAGUGACAACCGUGCCUAGCCGGGGCUGCCACAGCUCCCAGGUAUUUUCUACAGGACCACCUGAGCUGGCAGCCAAGCCCAGCUUCACAGUAUCAAUAAAGCAGUUCUUUGAGGUGUGGCUCUUGGGCUCCAUCAGGCCACCUUGUG